AUGUCUGUGAAUUUUCUCUUCCUCUACCAAAACAGGAUUGACACCUGUAGCAGACAUAGAAUGAGUCAAGUUCAGCAUUCCCUUGAUCUUUCUGCAGUAUCAAGGCUUUUGCAAUCUGCAAAAGCCAAUUUGCAAGAUAAACAGGCAAACCAAACAAACGAGCUACCAAAACAAGCUUGGGUGCCCAAAAUUCCUCACUUGCUUGGCUCUGCGUAUAACUUGCCUUCAUAUUUCAAGCAAAAGAAUGUCCCAAGCGUAAAGAAAGAAGAAUUGGUUUCCAAUCCAUCUACCUACGUGGAUGAAGAUUCUUCUGUGGAAGAACCUACCACAUUGAAUCCCCACGUCCCUGCUCCCGGGAUUACAAACAAGAAAAAGGCCGUAAAGGACACGGCUGGUGGAGAUUGGUUCGACAUGCCUGCAACUGAAUUAACUGAAUCUGUAAAGCGCGACAUUCAGCUUUUAAGAAUGCGAAAUGUCUUGGAUCCUAAACGCCAUUAUAGAAGAGAAAAUACAAAGCACAUGCCGAAAUACUUUCAAACAGGCACGAUUGUUGAGGGUCCUCAAGAUUACUUUUCCGGUCGCAUUGCAAACCGUGAACGACAACCAACUAUUACUGAUGAACUUGUACAUAAUACCGAACGUCGUAAUUACUUCAAGAAGAAAUACCUGGAGAUUCAAAAAACCAAGAUGAGUGGUCGCAAGGGACAAUACAAAAAACUCAAAGAAAGAAGGAAGCCUUCUUACUUGAAAUAA